CGACGCUGUCCCGGCCCUGAGGCGUCUGCGCGGCCCCGCCGGGCUGGAGGCAGCGGCAGCGCGGGGAGGACGGCCCGGCUGCACCGCAUUAAAUGAUCUCAAGAGCCAUCUCUAUGUCUCUGUUCUUCCAUGGGCCCACAGAAACUGCUGUGGUUUUCUUCUUCUCUCUCCUGUUCGUCUGUUCUGCUCUCUGAACUUUUUGGAGGAGAAUACUGACCUGAGAUGGAAGUCAAAACAUCAUUUAGCAAACCCAGCAGGAUUCCUGAAACCGUAUCCACAUUAAUUAAUGAAGAGUUUGUCUUGGUUCAUCAGAAAUCUGAGGAUGCCUCUGGAAAUGAUGAAAAGCCACAGCUAAAGGUAUUUUCAAAUGGAGAUGAGGAGUUGGAGAAGGCAAUGGAAGAGAUACUGCGUGAUUCUGAGAAAGACCAGUAUGUCACUGCACUCCCAGAAGGUUUCAGUGAUGCCAGUGGCCAGACAGCUGUGGAGGGGUCAGCAGGACAAACAACUCAGCCAUCUUUGCAGCUUGUUUUAGACCCUUCUACUACAGGUAAAAUCUCUGCACCAAGGCCAUCUUCUCCCAGUGAGCCCCCAGAAGAGGACAGCGUGUUGUUUAACAAACUGACUUAUUUGGGUUGCACAAUGGUGUCAGCCCCACGGAAUGAACCAGAAGCUCUACAUGCCAUGGCAAACAUGAAAUCCUCGAGUCAGGCCCCUUUACCUGUAACGCUCUAUGUUCCAAACAUUCCAGACGGCUCUGUAAGAAUAAUCGAUCAGUUGAGCAAUUUGGAGAUAGCCUCCUUUCCCAUCUAUAAGGUGUUGUUUUGUGUGCGGGGCCAAAAUGGGACUGCAGAGAGUGACUGCUUUGCAUUUACUGAGAGCAGCUGUGGAACAGAAGAGUUCCAGAUCCAUGUUUUCUCUUGUGAGAUUAAAGAGGCUGUCAGCCGAAUUUUGUAUAGUUUCUCCACAGCUUUCAAGCGUUCUUCCAAACAAGCAUCUGAUCAUGUGAAGGACUUUGUUCUUCCCACACCAGAUAGUGAUGUGUACACUUUCAGUGUCUCCUUAGAAGUCAAAGAAGAUGAUGGAAAAGGAAAUUUUAGCCCUGUGCCAAAGGAUAGAGAUAAAUUGUACUUCAAGCUAAAACAAGGAAUUGAGAAGAAAGUGGUGAUCACAGUUCAGCAACUUUCAAACAAAGAACUGGCCAUUGAAAGGUGCUUUGGGAUGUUGCUAAGCCCUGGACGAAAUGUGAAGAACAGUGACAUGCAUUUACUAGACAUGGAAUCCAUGGGAAAGAGUUCUGAUGGGAAGGCUUAUGUCAUUACUGGAAUGUGGAACCCUAAUGCACCCAUGUUUCUAGUACUUAAUGAGGAAACUCCAAAAGAUAAGCGUGUGUUCAUGACUGUGGCUGUGGAUAUGGUUGUUACUGAAGUAGUGGAGCCAGUCCGGUUUUUGCUGGAGACCGUUGUGCGUGUGUAUCCUGCCAAUGAACGCUUCUGGUACUUUAGCAGGAAAACCUUCACAGAAACUUUUUAUAUGAAGCUAAAGCAGUCUGAAGGAAAAAGCCACACAAGUGCUGGAGACGCAAUUUAUGAAGUUGUCAGUCUGCAAAGAGAAUCUGCCAGAGAGGAAGAAUUAGUCACCCCAACAAGUGGAGGAGGGCCUAUGUCAUCCCAGGAGGAUGAGGCAGAAGAAGAGAGUGAUAAUGAACUCUCCAGUGGCACUGGUGAUGUGUCAAAGGAUUGUCCUGAGAAGAUUUUGUAUUCCUGGGGAGAGUUACUGGGGAGAUGGCACAAUAACCUUGUUGUGAGACCAAAUGGAUUGUCCACUCUGGUGAAGAGUGGUGUUCCAGAAGCAUUGAGGGCAGAGAUCUGGCAGUUGCUGGCAGGAUGCCAUGACAACCAGGCAAUGCUGGAUAAAUACAGAUUACUCAUCACAAUGGAUUCUGCUCAAGAGAGUGUCAUCAAACGAGAUAUCCAUCGCACAUAUCCAGCACAUGAUUAUUUUAAGGACACAGAAGGAGACGGUCAGGAAUCUCUGUACAAAAUCUGUAAGGCCUACUCUGUCUAUGAUGAGGACAUUGGCUACUGCCAGGGACAGUCCUUCCUUGCAGCUGUGCUUCUACUUCAUAUGCCAGAAGAGCAGGCAUUCUGUGUAUUUGUGAAAAUAAUGUAUGAUUAUGGCUUGAGGGACCUCUACAGAAAUAACUUUGAAGAUCUCCAUUGCAAAUUUUUCCAACUGGAGAAGUUAAUUCAGGAGCAGUUACCAGACUUGCACAGCCAUUUCUCAGACCUCAAUUUGGAAGCUCACAUGUAUGCAUCCCAGUGGUUCCUCACUCUUUUUACUGCCAAGUUUCCACUCUGCAUGGUCUUCCACAUCAUUGACUUACUACUUUGCGAGGGUAUGAACAUAAUCUUCCAUGUGGCUCUGGCUCUUUUAAAGACCUCCAAAGAGGACCUUCUACAGGCUGAUUUUGAAGGAGCUUUAAAAUUCUUCAGGGUUCAGUUGCCCAAGAGGUACAGAGCUGAGGAGAACGCCCGGAGACUCAUGGAACAAGCUUGCAAUAUUAAGGUGCCAACAAAAAAGCUGAAGAAAUAUGAGAGAGAGUACCAAACAAUGCGAGAGAGCCAGCUGCAGCAGGAAGAUCCUAUGGACAGAUAUAAGAGGGAAAACCGCAGGCUCCAAGAAGCAAGCAUGAGGCUGGAGCAGGAGAAUGAUGACCUUGCCCAUGAGCUUGUAACAAGCAAAAUUGCCUUGCGGAAUGACCUGGACCAGGCUGAAGACAAAGCAGAUGUUUUGAACAAGGAACUUCUCCUGACCAAACAGAAGCUCGUGGAGACUGAGGAAGAGAAAAGGAAGCAGGAAGAGGAAACUGCUCAGCUGAAGGAAGUCUUCAGGAAGCAGCUGGAGAAGGCAGAAUCUGAGAUCAAGAAAACCACAGCCAUUAUUGCAGAGUAUAAACAGAUUUGUUCCCAGCUCAGUACCAGGCUGGAAAAACAACAAGCGGCCAGUAAAGAUGAACUGGAAGUUGUGAAGGGUAAAGUGAUGGCCUGCAAACACUGCAGUGAGAUUUUCAGCAAGGAGGGGGCACUGAAGGUGCCUGCUGUAAGCAUGGACAACAAAGGCAUCGAAACAGAUGAUGAGAAGGAUGCACUGAAGAAGCAGCUGAGAGAGAUGGAGCUGGAGCUUGCACAGACCAAACUGCAGCUUGUGGAAGCCAAGUGCAAAAUUCAGGAGCUGGAGCACCAGAGAGGAGCCCUUAUGAAUGAAAUCCAAGCUGCCAAAAACUCUUGGUUUAGCAAAACCCUGAACUCUAUCAAAACGGCCACGGGCACACAGGCAGCUCCGCAGCCCCAGCCGCCCCUGCCUCCCAGAGAGGGCAGCACAUAGUUCCAGCCACAGCCGGCACAAGAGCACAAAGAACAACACAGCUGAAACCUUGGAGGAUUCUUCCAGUGGUCUCUCCUCCUGGGCAAAGGACAAUGAGGCAGGAGUGCAGGCUUGAAGUGAAAUUCUUCAGUGUUUUUCAUUGAUUUUCUGAUGUGACCCUUUUCAAAGGGGGGGGGGGAAAAAAGUCCUGGUUUAUGUUGACUUCCUACUUCCCAUACUGCCUUGCUGAAAGGCACAUUCUGAUACCUUCAUACUUUUACACUUUAUUUUAUAUGACUAGAUGUUAAAUAAAUAUUUCAAAACUAGGUCUUUAAUACACAUCUAAUUUGAAAUUAUUUUUGUCUUGCAUAGAAGGUUUUUCUUCUGGAGGAAGAGAGAGAAUGGAAAACAUACAGUACUGCAGCAUAAUCUCUCCCUAGAAAGCACAGUGUAAGACAAUGAGGAUAACUUAGGCCCUGGGACCAUCUCAGAAGUUUAUCACAGCAACUGCAUCCUGCAGAGAAGCACUUUUUGUAAAGCUUAGGCCAUAGCAAAGAUAGGCUUGUGCUCUCCUGGCACAACUGCUAUGAGCUUCCCUUACAACUUCUUAGUUUGGAUUGGUUUAUCUUCAGAAAUACAAAUAGUGCCAUUUUUGUAACACUGUUGUUUAAAGGCUAUUUACAGCUCAGCUGGAAUUUAACAGAAAGUUCCCUAGUUCCCUUUUUUAAUUCAUGUUUAUAUUAAGAAUUCCAAGGAAUAAUUCCUUCCACUGGGAUAAAGGGGGUACCAUUUUGACGCUUGAUGUUUUUGCUGAGAAGCAGAGUGGAGACCUUGCAUGGUUUUGACCUUUUGUAAAUCCUGUGCAAUAAAGGGUAGGUUUUAUGAAUAAAAGUAAUGAAAACCUUGCCCUGGGUCUAUAUUCAGAUUCCAAAUUUGACACAGAAAUAAGGUAUCAAA